AAAAUUCAAUAAAUAAAUUCAAUAAUUUAGAUACUCCACAUAGGCGAAAAGUACGGCCACACAAACGACCGCAGGGCGGUGGCGGCGGCGGUCAUAAGCGGCAACAUCCCAAAAAUUCUACUCACAGAAACAAACAUUCAAAGAAAAAGAAGCACGAUCAAGCAUUACAGUUGCAUACGACAGAAGAUGUGGAUGAGUGUACUCAACAGGGUGGUCUUAAUGGUAACCACUGUCAUCUUAACACACGAUGUGUUAACACCUUUGGUUCGUACAUUUGCGAAUGUUUACCUGGCUAUCGAAGACAAGAUAAGUUCAACUGCAUAGAGAUGGAUGAAUGCAAGUCUGGCGAGCACAAUUGCCACGAGGACGCAGAUUGCAUUAACACAUUGGGCUCAUUUCAUUGCCAAUGUAAGGAAGGUUACACGGGCAAUGGACACGAUUGUAGGCCCGUCUGCAAUCAAACCUGCUUGAACGGUGGAGAAUGUCGCUCGCCUAAUGUCUGCACAUGUCGAACGGGUUACAUUGGCGAAUCAUGUGAAAAAGAUCUAGACGAGUGUACAACAGGUUUGCACCGGUGUAAGGAUACGACAGAUUGCGUUAAUAUGCCGGGCUGGUACUUCUGCAAAUGCAAGGCUGGAUUCGAAACCAAAGGCAAGGAUUGUGUAGAUAUAGAUGAGUGUUACCUCAAUACGCACAGCUGUCACCCAACGGCCCGGUGCGUAAACACACCAGGGCACUUCACAUGUGAAUGUCCGAUCGACGGCGAUUCGGAUUGUAGAUUAAGCUGUAUGUUCGAAGAUCGUGAACUGAAAGAUGGCGACAAGGUAUCCCCCAGCAAUGCGCCAUGCAAAAUAUGUACCUGUACGAAAGGCGUUAUAAGCUGUGUGGAACCUCCAUGCAACUGUUCAACAUGGCGUCCAGGGGUCGUGAGUGAACUAUGUUGUCCGCAAUGCGAUCCGAAACAAUCUUGCCAACACCAGGAGCUCAAACAUGUCACGUUCCGCAGUGGCGAACAGUGGAUAUAUCAAUGUCAAACGUGUGAAUGUUUGUACGGCGAAUUUGACUGCUGGAAUCUUGAAUGUCCUCCUCUAAUAUGUGAUAAUCCUAUGCCGGCCGGACCGGCAGAUUGUUGUCCCCGAUGUCCUAACGAUAGGUGUGGUUUUGAGAACCUUACCAAACUAAUAACCAGUAGUAGCAGUGAAGGCGUCGGUAUCGGAACAACAUGUUUAUACGAAAACCACGUAUACCCACCUGGACCAUUUAAAUAUCCGUCCAGAGAUUGCACAACCUGUUCCUGUAAGGUCCCCUACUGUGCCCUACUGAACGGGAAAAUCUCCUGCCGUUACGACGAUAAUUGCAGUAUUGCUGACAAUCGCGGUGCACUGCGAAUGGUGGAAGAGCAUCAUGCGAACAAUAGGCUCAACUCUAGCACUUAUAAUCGUAAAUCAUCGCAAACAACGACUCCAAAGAUGUUGGUGCCCCACCACCACCACCCACAACAGCAACAAAGCUAUCGUUUUCCUCACAGGGCACCGAUGGCCAACAGUUUAUCAAAAGAAAAUAUUAUCCGAUUUGAUCGAAGCAGCAAAACAAAACCAACAGACGCAACCAUUACAUGGGAGGCGUCAUUUAGUGUGGCAGAAUAUGGAAGCAGCACAAUUAGUAGUACGCAGCACCGAGGAUCAGAACAAACGGCCGUUGAUGAAAAAUUAGUUAUUGCCUCGCCCACACACUCUGCAAGUAAAACAGCGCAAGACGCAAUUGUACAUGCAGGUAUGGCUGUACCUACAAUUUCAUCCGAAUCAGAAAUUUCGUUUGGUACUGAAGCAGAACCCAGUAAAGAAAUCUCCCUACCGGCAACAACGUAUACACAAAAUACACCACGCAAUAGUAACUCAGAAGAACAUAACAAUUAUACAAAUCACUUCUCAUCUGCUACAAAACAACGAACAGGCAUUACAUCUUCAGCAACGACACAGGACCAGCUAACAAAAAUACAUAAUAAACAACCUUUUUUGCAAAAGUUACCGUUAAUCGAUUCGAUUAGCGGUUUGGAAACUGAUGUAGCAACAAGAAGCCGCCGUAACACGAAGCGUAGUGAACGAGGAUGAAGUUAUUUUCGCAAAACAGCCCUUUAAUUCGAACGCAAGCCAAAUCUAUUCCAAAAUUAUUUUACUAUCUUACCGAAAAUUUUCGGCAAAACGAAUUUAUCAUAAUUCAUGUCGUUGGAGCUACUUCGAGAAACUUAUGUAUAUGAUAUCAUACGCACAUAAUUGAAAACUGUAUCGCAUUUAAUUUAACAUUGAUGAAUGCUACGAUAAAUUAUGAUAUUUUUGGGUUUUCACAAGCAAAAUUUUAAAGUCUAAAAAACGGAAUAACAUAAAGUACAGUACCCAAAGUAUUAAUCAUUAGUUAACACUCUUGGAUUGUUUCGACCAAACAAAUCAAUCGCUGUUUAAUUUUACUGUCAAUUUUAUGGAGAAAAAUAAUAGCAGUACAGCUUAGCCGUCUUAAAAAAAGAAGUCAGGUCAAAGAAAAAAGCAUGUCUUCAAUUCAAAAUUGAAAAUUCGAUUAAUUAUUGAACCACCUUUAAUAAAAUAUUUCAACGCUUUCAACAUUAACAAUAGUUGUAUGUCCUCCUAAGAAUUAACAUUAACAUUCUAAGAAUGAUUCCUCCUCAACCCCGCCUUCAGACAUAUAAACAAAUAAUAAACAGACGCAAUUAAACAAACGAAGAAGCUGAAAACCAAUUUUAAAGCCACAGGACAAAGUAUGUCAAACAUGUUUUGAAGUUUGUAAAUUAAUU